AUGGGUGACGAACCGAAGCAAGAGGGCAAGGACGUUAAGGAUGUGGAGAUGACGGAUGCGUUGACAGAUGCACCUCCCAAGCGAGAGGCACGUCCAGAGCGUCCUCUGCCUCGCUCGCUGGUGCGUAACGUGAUCAAUGCUGCGCUUCGUCAAUAUGAAUCGGAGUUUGGUGGGCUCCGUGUGGUUCAUGACGGUAUGGCCGCGCUGUAUUCGCCGGCAUUGCUGCCGUGGCAUGCCAAGGACUUUACAGACGUCAAUCCAGACGGCCCCAGUGCGGCUCCAGCAGCUCCUCCGCAGCCGGCAGGUGGUGACGGUGCUCAGCGUCGGGGAUUCAGAGGCCCACGCACUUUCCUUGUCAAGAUGAAGCUGGUCGAGACUAUUUCCACCUCCAGCUUGAAGGAACACUACUCCAACCCGGACGUGAACGUCAUGCCUAUACUCCAGGCCCUUGAUGUGGUGGCACGGCAUCUUGGAGCUCAACGUCUGAUCGCUGUAGGACGCAACUUCUUCACGAUGAAAAAGACGCACACGCUCAAAGGAGGCAAGGAGCUCUGCUGGGGUUACCAUCAAGCGCUUCGUCUCGCCGACCACAAGUUGUUGAUGAAUGUCGACCAAGCAGCCACCGUUUUCUACUCACCUGGUCCUCUGAUGCAGCUUGCAGUGGCAGCUCUGCGUGUGCGAGGCCCCGAAGACGUACGAGACCUCGCGGAACGAGAUAUGAAGUCCCUGGCACGUGCACUACGCAAGAUUGAGGUGGUGCCCACCCACCGAAAGGACCGCAAGCGCGCGAUUUACGGAGUCAGUGCCCAACCUGCCAAUAUGACGAUGGUGAGCAUUAAGGGCGAGAACAUGUCGGUGGCGGCCUACUUCAGCGGUAAGUACAACAUGCAGCUGCGCUAUCCGAACUUGCCGUUGGUCAACGUGGGCAGCAAGCGUCCUGGUAAGGAGAAUUGGCUGCCCAUAGAGGUGUGCGAGGUGGCUCCGGGGCAGCGUUGCGCCAACAUCAACGAUCUCGAUACUGCUGAGAUCAUUCGCCAGACGAGCCAACCUCCUCGCAGCCGCCAAGAGAAUAUCCUCGAGCAAAUCCGCCAGGCCGGCUUCGAGAACGACCCGUUCCUCGCUGCGUUUGGGAUUAAAGUGGACCAACGUCUCCAGCCUACCGAAGCUCGUGUCAUGGACGCACCUGAUGUCCAGUACCAGAACGUAUCGGAGCGUCCUUAUGGUGGACAGUGGAGUCUGAAUGGCAAGAAGUUUGUGGAGGGCGUUCCGGUUCGCAACUGGGGAGUGAUUGUCGCAGCUAACGUGAGUGAGCGAGACGCCCAGAACUUUGUCGGCAAACUGACGGACCUAGGUGAUCAGCGUGGACUCCCAUUCGACGACAAGAGGCCCGUUUUGAUCCAUCAGGACCAGUACAGCGGAGCUCAGGUCGAGGAACUGAUGAAGAUGUGCCACCAAGAACUCGAGCGACGUAACCUGGGCCCUCCGCAGUUCCUCUUAGUCAUAUUGCCGGCCAAGAAUUCCCCAGUGUACGGAGAUGUGAAGCGCAUGUCUGAUACGGUUCUCGGUCUGCCAAGUCAGUGUAUUGCGUCUCAGAAUCUUCCUCGAGCCAACCCGCAGUUCUGCGCCAACGUUUGUCUGAAGAUCAACAUGAAACUCAAUGGCAAAAACGCAGUACUACGCGACCCGCUACCAUUGAUCAGCAGUGAGCCCACAAUUAUCAUCGGUGCUGAUGUGGAGCACCCGCGUUCUGGUAUGGGUGGCCGACCAUCGAUCGCUGCAGUUGUGGCCUCAAUGGAUCGCUACUCUGCUCAAUAUGCUGCACGUGUGGCAGCCCAGAAAGCUUCGAGUGACAUCCAGCAGCUACCGAACAUGCUUCGUGAACUCUUUUUGGCCUACUACGAAAACACGAAGCGCAAACCAGAGCGGGUGGUCUACUACCGUGACGGUGUCAGUCAGGGCCAAAUGUUUGAUAUCCUGCAGACAGAGAUGCGUGCACUGCGGAAGGCGUUUAAGAUGAUCUCGGAAGACUAUAACCCGCCCGUGACGUUCGUGGUAGUGAACAAGCGUCACCAUCUUCGAGCGUUCGCGGUGAAUUCUCGUGAUGCCGAUCGCAAGGGCAACGUGAUGCCUGGUACGGUGAUCGACACUGGUGUUGUGAACCCUCAUCGCUUCGACUUCUUUUUGUACGGCCACAGUGGCAUCCAAGGCACGACUGUCCCUGGACACUACACUGUGCUGCACGACGAAAAUAAAAUGUCUGCCGAGGAUAUUCAGCGCCUCACGUACCACUUGGGGUACACGUUCUCUCGAUGCACGCGCUCGGUGUCUUUCGUGACACCCGUGUACUACGCGCACUUGGCUGCUGCUCGAGCUCGCUUCUACCUGAACGAGGGCUCGGACGGUGCGUCCACUGUGGGCUCGUACAACUCGAAUGCGUCGAACUUUGAGUUCGCCGAGGUGCACUCGAAUGUCCUUAACCGAAUGUUCUACAUGUAA